CACUGGCUGUGCUAAGUGUACUUUCUGGCACUAGGUACCCGGAGUGGUCAGACUUGCAGUGUGUCCAGAGGAGCCCAGGGAUCUCCAUGGGGCUGCUGACCGGAGAUGCACUUUUUUCCAUGGCCGUGGUCGUUGCCGUCUUCCUGCUCCUGGUGGACCUGAUGCAUCGGCGCCAACGCUGGGCUGCUCGCUACCCGCCAGGCCCUGUGCCUGUGCCUGGGCUGGGCAACCUGCUGCAGGUGGACUUCCAGAACGUGUUGUACGCCUUCUACAAGUUGCGGCACCGCUUCGGGGAUGUGUUCAGCCUGCAGCUGGCCUGGACGCCCGUUGUCGUGCUCAACGGGCCCGCGGCCGUGCGUGAGGCACUGGUGGACCACAGCGAGGACACUUCAGACAGACCACCAGUGCCAGUCUACGAACACCUGGGCUUCCAGCCACACAGCCAAGGCGUGGUCAUGGCGCACUACGGACCUGCCUGGCGUGAGCAGCGGCGCUUCUCCCUGUCCACCCUGCGCAACUUCGGCCUGGGGAAGAAGUCCCUGGAGCAGUGGGUGACCGAGGAGGCUGCCUGUCUCUGUGCCGCCUUUGCCUCCCAGAACGGACGCCCUUUUCGCCCCAACGCCUUGCUGAACAAAGCCGUGUGCAACGUGAUCUCAUCCCUCGUCUACGGGCGCCGCUUCGAGUACGAGGACCCGCAGCUGGACAGGACACUGGAGCUGCUGCAGGAACUGCUGAAGGAGAGCUCUGGCUUGGCCCUGCAGGUGCUGAACGUGAUGCCCUGGCUGCUGCACAUCCCAGGCUUAGUUGAAAAGUUUUUCUCUGGGCACAAAGCAUUCAGUGCCCUCCUGGAUGAACUGGUAAUGGAGCACAGGAUGACCUGGGACCCGGCACAGCCGCCCCGAGACCUGACUGAUGCCUUCCUGGCCAAGAUAGAGAAGGCCAAGGGGAACCCUGAGAGCAGCUUCAAUCAAGCGAACCUGUACGCUGUGACAAAUGACCUGUUUGCUGCAGGGACGGCAACAACAUCCAUCACGCUGGCCUGGGCCCUGCUGCUCAUGAUCCUGCACCCGGAUGAGCAGCGCCAUGUCCAAGAGGAAAUCGAUGCAGUGAUAGGGCAAGGGCGGCGCCCAGAGAUGGCGGACCAGGCCCGCAUGCCCUUCACCAACGCCGUGAUUCACGAGGUGCAGCGCUACCGACACAUUGGCCCAUUGGGUACACCCCACAUGACGAGCCGGGACACUGAGGUGCAGGGCUUCUUUAUCCCCAAGGGGACCACGCUCAUCACCAACCUGUUAUCUGUGCUAAUGGAUGAGACCAUCUGGGAGAAGCCCCUCAAAUUCCACCCUGCACACUUCCUGGAUCCCGAGGGCCGCUUUGUAAAGCCCGAGGCCUUCAUUCCAUUCUCAGCAGGGCCCCGCACGUGCCUCGGGGAGCCCCUGGCCCGCAUGGAGCUCUUCCUGUUCUUCACCUCUCUGCUGCAGCGCUUCAGCUUCUCGGUGCCUGAGGGGCAGCCCCGGCCCAGUGACCUUGGGAUCUUUGGCAUUCUGCUGAACCCACUCCCCUACCAGCUCUGCGCUGUGUCCCGCUAAAGGGCCACCCCACACAGCCAAGCAGAGCCUGGCAGCACUGUGGAAUCCAGGAUUGGCAGCCCUGGGUGCUGCCUGGCUCUCCACAUGGUCAUGGCCAUGCUGGGCAAGGGGAGCCCCAGACCUACCUUGGGUAUGCGGAAGCCCUGCUACCUUGGGUAUGCGGAAGCCCUGCACUUCUGUCACGAGAAGUCAUGUAGGGUGUAAGCAGCAGCCAUCCGCUACCAGGUCUCUCUUCAUCUGCAGCAAGCACUCAACCUGGCCCCAGCUGGGGACCUCCAUGCACAAUAAACCAGACCUGUGGCCACCA